AUCAGAUGGACAUCUCCUGAGACAGGCAGCUUAGCUUUGCUGUGUGCCUAAAGCAAAAGAACAAAUUGCCUCUCUGCUCUGAGUUAUAAAGUGAUGGCCCAAGAAGAGAUGGAAGUUGAUCUGCAGCCAGCGGCCGGUGUCCCUGGGCAGGACCACGGGACGCUCRUGUCGGAGCACUCCGAUCCUGGAGAGCCCAGUGCUCCGGCGCUCGGCGGCCAAGGCAGCGAUGCUGCCGUUCUUCCUGCUGAUGGAGCCCUUGUGGCAUCGGAUGCUGCUGCAGCAGGGACGGCCGCCAACCCCCAGGAGCAGCCGCCUUCUGCCUCGGCCCUCCGUGGCCUGCAGAGGCUGUGGGCAGCGUUUGAGCAGCAGCAGCAGCUCUUGCCUGGGCCRCAGGGCACGCAGCGGCCCCGCGUGAGAAGAGCUCGCGGGCAGCAAAGGGUCGGUGGUUCCCAGAGGACGGCCAGUACCAGGACAGCGCUGGCCAGUUACUUCCAAAUCAGCAGGACCCAAGAGCCGGCUGCAGUAUCAGCUCCACGUCUGGAGCCUUCACACAAUCCGGGGGACAACCAGGGCCACAGCUCAGAUGAAACUGUAGAAGUGAGCGACUCUGACAGCAGCACUUCUACUGARGAGGAAGAGGAGGAAGAGCUGAAUGCUGGAGCUCCACUGUUACCCUCAGCUCAGGAGGCCCCUGUGCCACCCAGCUUAGAAGUUUCCAGUCAGGCCCAAGCAGAGCCACUUCCAGCUCUACCUCCCUCUGCAGAGGAUGAAAGUCAGGAAAACGAAGAGGCUGCAUUCCAGCAAAAGCAGAGAAGUCCGACAAAGAAGUCAGAAYUGUUGGCUCCUGCUGCACCCUUGGAUGAGGAAGAAGGGGACACUUGUGCCAUCUGCUUCGAGCAGUGGACCAAUGCAGGAGGCCACCGCCUCUCGGCACUGCGCUGUGGGCACCUGUUUGGUUACACCUGCAUCGAGAGGUGGCUCAAGGGACAGGCAGGAAAGUGCCCCCAGUGCAAUAAGAAAGCCAAACGUUCUGACAUUGUGGUCCUGUACGCACGGACUUUGAAAGCGCUGGACACCAGCGAACAGGAGCGGAUGAAAAGUUCUUUAGAAAAGGAGCAAAUGCUGCGGAGACAGGCAGAGCUGGAAUCUGCACAGAGCCGCCUCCAGCUGCAGGUUUUGACAGAUGAGUGCAGCAAACUCCGCAAGCAAGUUCAGGAGCUGAAGGCCCUGGUGGCGCAGCACAACGUGACCGCUCCGCAGCACCCCGGCGCCUCCCGCACGGGCCUCCCGGGCGGCCUCCCCUCCAGCCAGAGCCAGCRCAGGUACCAGUUCGAGAAGGCCUUCGUGGUGUCCCAGGCUGGCAGCUGCAGGGUCAUGGCCUUCUGCGACUCGCUGAGCUGCCUCGUGGUGUCACAGCCUUCUCCACAGUCCACUUUYGUUCCUGGCUGUGGUGUGAAGAUGAUGAGCGCAGCCAACCUGAAGAGCAGUCAGUACAUCCCCAUCCACAGCAAACAGAUUCGGGGCCUGGCGUUUGGCAGUCGAGCGGAUGGUUUGCUGCUCUCUGCUGCUCUGGACAACACUCUCAAGCUAACCAGCUUGGCAACAAACACCGUGGUACAGACGUACAACACUGGCCGUCCUGUCUGGAGCUGCUGCUGGUGUCUUGAUGACACGAACUACAUCUACGCUGGGCUGGUGAAUGGCUCUAUCAUGGUAUAUGACUUGAGAGACACAAGUUCUCAUGUGCAGGAGCUGACCCCUCAGAAGUCCAGGUGCCCCAUGGUGUCACUGUCCUAUCUGCCGCGAAUGGCCUCAGCAUCAUGUCCUUACGGUGGAAUAAUAGCUGGGACCUUGGAAGGAGCCUGUUUUUGGGAGCAGCAAGCUGGGACCUCUUACCGGCCUCACCACUUGCUCCUGGAGCCYGGAGGAUGCAUCGACAUUCAGACGGAGGUCAACACGCGCCACUGCCUCGCGACCUACCGGCCCAGUAAGAACAACCCUUGCCUGCGCUGCGUGAUGAUGGAGCUGAGCUGCAGCCCGCUGACAGAAGCUUCUGAGGACGUGGUGUGCUCUUCUAAYCCAGUUCAGACUUUCAGUGCCGGCCCCACCUGCAAGUUGCUGACCAAAAAUGCCAUUUUUCAGAGCCCGGAGGAGGAUGGCAGCAUCUUUGUGUGUGCUGGUGAUGAGGCGUCUAAUUCUGCCAUGUUAUGGGAUGCUGGAAGUGGCACCUUACUGCAGAAGCUGCAGGCUGACCUGCCCGUGCUGGACAUCUGCCCCUUCGAAGUGAACCAAACAUCCCUCCUGGCUACGCUCACCGAGAAAAUGGUCAAGAUCUACAGGUGGCAGUGACAGGAGCGUGCACACCUUCCACCGAGGGGCUUGCCAAAAUGCUGCUCAUCACCCAGCCCUGUUGGCCUACGGCACGGGCCCAGCCCCAGGCUGAGCUUCCCUGCACGUGCUGCUUGAGGGCUACAAGAGGGCUACAGCACCUCCCUGGUGGCAGGCAGGAACUGGGACACACGGAUGCCCGGAGCACUUGUUCUUCCUCCAUCCUCCUUUUUAACUCUGUCCUUGUUUCUUCUCUGGUCAUUUUUCUUCACCUCAACUCAGCAAGCUGCCUCAGCAUAGUAMUAAUUCUUGGACUGGCUCCAGUUUGGGCUGUUGCACUUUUUUUUUUUUUUUUUCCUGGUGGGAAUACAGUCCAGGGACCUGCAAAUCUCUUCUGCGAAUCAACAAAAUAAAGGGAACUUGAAGAUCUGAGGCUCCCGCUGCACUUUCUUGUGGAGUCCUGCUGUGACUAGUGAGUGAUGAAAAGGCAGCAAUUUKGGCAUCUCCCUGGAAUUGUUGAUACUGAGUGUAAAACAGGUUUGCUGCUUUAGAGAACAUCUUCCUAUCUUUCUUUUGAAGGUCUCGGGCAAAGGAAGCGGAURGUUCGUUGCUCAUGGGGAGAGACCUUUCUUAUGGCGCGGAGAACUCGGAGGGAAUCUCUUUGCGUUUUGUCAUGAGCACAUAACUUCACUGUAUUCCCUCAACUGUCUUCUGUUUCCUCUCCCCAGCAGCCCAGGAAGCUUGGACAACUUGGUCUUAGAAAACAAAGCCUCUGUAAUGCUAAAGAAACAGAGAUAAAAGGAGGAGGAUGACUUUGGUACUUGUGGCUGUUGURUCUGUGAUGCCCUUGUUUAAAGACACCAAUGUACUGAAACAGCCAGUACCAUGGAAAAAGAGUAUUAGCUAUUUAGAAACCUGUAGAAACUCAGGAAUUUCAGCAGUUUUUGUCUUAAAUCAUAGGUGCCAGCUCAGCAGCAACUUGCAGACUGCUUCCAGGUAUCCUUGUGCACGAGGGAGCUGCAGGCUCACUGGUGUAAAUCGAAGACGCGGUUGCCUG